AUGUCUAAAACUGAUCUUACUUUGCCUAAAUCUCCAUUGUUAGACCCAUCUGCGCAAUUAAUAAAAGAGUUAAUCAAACAAAGGGGGGUUUUAAAGGGCAGAUUAACUAAAUUAUCUGCAUAUGUAAGUUCCUUUGAAAAUCAGGUUUUAGACCGCAGUAAGCGGGCAGAAUUAAAUUUAAGAAUACAAGGUGCAUCUAACUUGUUGUCUGAAUUCAAUCAAGUUCAAAUGAAGUUAGAUGGACUCCUUCCAGACUCAGAGGAUGAUGAGCAGCUCGAAGAGAGGGAAUGCUUUGAAAACAAAUAUUAUGCUAUCAUAGCUCAAGCAGAGUGCAUCUUAGGUACUGAGUCCGUGCCAUCUACUGUGAGAAAUGAGUGUAGGGACAAUCAUGAUGCGUAUCAGGCGGUAAAGCUGCCGACUAUCAACUUACCUUCCUUUGAUGGUUCGUACGAACAGUGGCUCGAGUUUAAGAAUACUUAUGUGUCUCUCGUUCAUGUGUCAAAUACUAUAAGUAUUAUUCAAAAAUUUCACUAUCUUAAGUCUGCACUUAAGGGCCCUGCCGCACUAGUUAUUAAUUCAAUUGAAUUUACUCCAGAUAAUUAUUUUGUUGCCUGGGAGUUACUUAUGAAUAGAUAUAAUAAUAGUAGGCUUCUGAUACAUAAUCAUGUUAAAGCGUUGUUCACUAUUCAACAAAUAUCGAAGGAGUCGCCUGUAUUGUUGCGCAAACUAAUUGAUGUUGUGUUAAAGAACCUAAGAUCCCUGAAGUUACUAGGCGAGCCCACAGAACAUUGGGACACACUUAUAAUUUACAUGGUUGUGUCAAAACUAGACGACUCAACGGAGCGAGCGUGGGAAAAACAUAGGAGUGAGUUAGGAUUAGGCGAACAACAGAAGGAUGGCAAAGUGCUAGUACAGGUGACUCAUUUGUUGGAGUUUUUAAAGGCAAGGGCUGACAUGUUGGAAACACUACACGUGUCACAUAGUAAAAAUAAUCAAGAUUUUAAUAAAUUUACAAAAAAUUCAAAUAAUAGUCCAGGCAAUAGGGAUAAUUCGGGUAACAAGGUACGCUGCAAUGUGUCCACGUCUAAUUUGGACAAACAGUUUAAGAGAUCAUGCCCUUACUGUAAAGACAUUCACAACCUAUAUUCAUGCCAGACCUUUUUGGACUCCACCAUAGACAAUAAAAUUAAUUUUAUUAAGAAAAAUAAAUUAUGCGUGAAUUGUCUCCGUGCCGGGCACGGACCGGACGUUUGUAGGUUCGGGCCCUGCCGGAAGUGCAACCUCAAACAUAACACAAUUAUCCAUCGCGAACGCAGCGCAACUGAAGGUCAAGUGGCACUACCACUAGCACCAGCGCAGAAUGAAUGCAUCAGUGACUCACCUCAAUGCACAUCGGUUCAGACCUACUCGUCACAGGUUAUUAGUGGUUCAGACGUCAAAUGCGCGCAGGCGUCACUCACACAACCUGUAUUGUUAUCGACCGCGCUAGUCAGAGUAACAGAUGAUUCGGGAAAAACUAUUAUAUGCCGCGUCAUGCUUGAUAGCGGGAGUCAGUGUUGCUUUAUACGAAAGGCAAUCUGCGACCUAAUUAAUACGCCAUUAAUACAGUCCACACGAAAAAUACAAGGAAUAGGAAAUUCCGUCACACAAUGUUUUCAAUCGUGCAAAAUUAACAUUCGAUCAUUAAAUGACGAUUAUUCUACCCAUGUACAAUGUUUGGUGUUACCGCAAAUAACACCACCGGCGCCAUCUAUACCUAUUAAUUUCAACCAAAUUAAAAUUCCGCAUCACAUAACGCUAGCUGAUCCCUCAUACCUGGACGGUUUUGACAUAGACAUCUUAAUAGGUGCUGAUCACUUUUGGGACCUGUUAAGCGAAGGGAAAAUUCCCCUUGCGAGUGGCCCUUUCUUACAAAAUACAAAAUUAGGUUGGGUCAUUUCAGGACCGAUAAAUAACUUACCGGUUAUUUCUAAUACUAUCCUUUGUAACUACACACAAUUACAUUCAAUCGACUCCCAGUUACGCAAAUUCUGGGAGCUCGAAGAAGUUUCCCCUGGCUUUCAUGUGCAGUCUGAGGUGGAGCGUGCUUGCGAAGAAGACUUUGUCCUAAAUACUAGGCGCGAUCCUCAGGGACGAUUUAUUGUUAAAAUACCAUUCAGCGAGUCUCCCACCUUACUAGGUGACUCGUAUACACAAGCAUACAGGCGUUUAGUCGCUCUGGAAAAACGACUUUCGCGUUCAACGAAUUGUGCGCAGCUAUACAAGGCUUUUAUUGACGAAUAUAUUAGCCUGGGGCACAUGGAUCGUAUACACGAUUUUCCAACUCCACAUUACUUCAUGCCACACUUCUGUGUGUUUAACGAAAAUAGUACCACAACCAAAUUACGCGUCGUUUUCGAUGCAAGCGCCAAAUCCACCAGUGAUAAAUCCCUAAAUGACUUACAAAUGGUUGGCCCACCUAUUCAAGGUGACUUAUUUGCAAUUUUACUGCGGUUUCGUGAAAACGCCUACAUAGCUUGCGCCGAUAUAGAAAAAAUGUACAGGCAGGUCUUAAUAGAUGUCAGUCAGCGUGACCUUCAACUUAUCCUAUGGCGUUCUAAUCCUGCGGCUCCAUUGGAAAUUUAUAGGCUGAACACGGUGACGUACGGGACGGCAUCGGCACCUUUUCUUAGCGUUCGAUGCUUACGGCAGUUGGCUAUGGAAUGCAAUGAUGUGGAUGUAAAGCGAAUUAUUACACAUGAUUUCUAUGUUGAUGACAUGAUAACAGGGUCGGACGAUAAAGAUGAAUUGUUAAAGUUAUGUGAAAAGACAGCGAACGUUUUAUCUACAGGAUGUUUUCCACUUCGAAAGUGGGUCUUUAAUUUCAAAAACGAUUCUUUACCGUCGUCUCAUACGCUCAAAGAUUUGUCUUUAGGAGAACCAGGAAUCGGAUUGACUUAUCCUCCUCAAUCAAAGACGUUGGGAUUGAGUUGGAUAAGUCAAUCCGAUCAACUUAACUAUCAAUCUAAAGUUCGAUUACCUUCAACUAAAAUUACUAAACGCGUGAUUUUGUCUACGAUUUCACAGAUUUUUGACCCUUUAGGUCUAUUAAGCCCUACUAUCAUGACCGUCAAAAUUCUGUUACAAAGACUGUGGCUACUUAAAACUGACUGGGAUACGCAAUUGCCAGAAGAGGUAGCUGACGAAUUUAAAAGGUUUCUUAGUAAUUUAGACGUGCUUAGCUGUUUAAGAAUACCGCGUCAUACGUUUACUAAGCACCACAUACGCGCGGAAUUGCACAUAUUUACCGACGCCUCGCAAAAGGCAUACGGGGCGUGUGCAUAUAUACGCACAUUAACACAAAACGGCAGCGUAUCGGUAAGGUUAUUAUGCGCAAAAGGAAAAGUAGCUCCUUUGAAACCUUUAACCGUUCCGAGGUUGGAAUUGUGUGGUGCCGUAACAGGUGCUAAACUUUGCGUUAAAAUAAUAGAAUCAUUGCGUUGUGAGUUUGAUGACGUCACUCUGUGGACCGAUUCGACCAUUGUACUAGGGUGGCUACGUAUGGCGCCCUAUCAACUUAAAACUUACGUACAAAAUAGAGUAGUUGAAGUGCAAGAGAUGACGCGUAAUUAUGCGUGGUAUCAUGUAGCGACUCAGGAUAACCCAGCAGAUUUAGUAUCGAGGGGUGUUGAUCUCAAAUCACUCGAAAAAUCAAACCUGUGGUGGGAAGGCCCACAGUUUUUUCGUGAUCCUAAUUUCAAGCCGCGCGCGAUUAAGACUCCUACGACUAGUAAGGUUGCUGACCUACCCGAGGUUAAAGUUUUACACACCCAAAAUGUUAAUCCUCAGGAAGGUCAGUACAUUGAUCCUGUUAUCACGUUUUCCAGAUUCUCCCAGUUCAGUCGCAUUCAGCGCGCUAUGGCGUAUGUUAAGCGUUUCAUACACAAUGCGCAAUCACCGAGCAACAAACUGUCCGGUGCGCUGGAUGUGGAUGAGCUGAGAGAAGCGGUAAAUACUCUUGCUCGGUUAUCGCAACAGGAAUCAUUUCCGGAAUAUAAUACUUUGCGCAAUAAUAAACCAUUAGCAAAACGGAGCCAGUUAAUGAAGUUGAGCGUAUUCAUUGAUGAAAAUGAUUUAAUUAGAGUGGGCGGUCGCUUAUACAAUGCUUCCGAAUUCAAUUAUAAUAAGAAACACCCCAUUCUUUUAUCAGCAAAGCAUCCUUUCACCUCUUUGUUAUUCCGAUAUGAACAUUUACGGCAACUGCAUGCAGCUCCACAGUUGCUGCUAUUUACCAUUCGAGAGUCGUGGUGGCCUAUCGGUGGUAGGAACCUCGCAAAAAAGGUUGUGCACGAGUGUAUAAUUUGCACACGGUUAAGCGGUAAAACUCUAACGCCAAUAAUGGGCAACCUCCCAGCCGAGCGUCUAGCUCCAAGUUUUCCAUUUGCAGUUAGUGGAGUUGACUAUUUUGGGCCAGUAUUCGUACUGAAUCGCAAAGGAAGAGGCGCUAAAUUAAUAAAGGCGUACGUUAGCCUGUUUAUUUGCUUUGCAACACGAGCUAUUCAUCUCGAGUUAGUCGGAGAUUUAUCGACUGAUGCGUAUCUGCUGGCGCUAAAGCGUUUCGUCUCGCGGCGUGGCAAGCCAGCUGAGAUCUUCUCUGAUAAUGGAAGGAAUUUUACAGGUCUAAUGACAGAAUUUUCAAAAUUUUUAGCUAAUUGCGCAGAUGAGAUUAAAGAAUUCGCUAUAAACAAUAAUAUUAAGUUUAAGUUUAUCCCUCCAUAUUCCCCGCAUUUUGGAGGGCUGUGGGAAGCAGGGGUAAAGUCAUGCAAGCACCAUAUUAGACGGGUUGUAGGCAAUGCAAAUUUUACAUUUGAGGAGUUUAGCACGGUGUUGGCACAGGUAGAAGCCGUCCUUAACUCCCGUCCCCUAUCUCCUAUGUCGACUGAUCCGAACGAUUUCACCCCUCUCACACCCGCACACUUCUUGGUUGGCCGUCCGCUGACGUCGCCUGCCUGUGAAGACUACGAGCAAGUACCAGCACAUCGACUCACGCGCUAUCAGCGAGUCGAGCAAGCCCGACAGCACUUCUGGAGCCGGUGGUCCAAAGAGUAUGUCUCCGAGCUCCAAGUGAGAACCAAAUGGAACAAGGCCGGUGACAGUUUAAAAGAAGACACACUUGUGCUCAUAAAGGAAGACAACAAUCCCCCUCUGAAGUGGAGUAUGGGCCGCAUCGUCGCCAUCUUCCCCGGAAAGGACGGAGUCUCUAGGGUAGCAUCCAUACGCAUGGCUAAUGGCAACGUGGUACGGCGAGCGUUCUCGAAGAUCUGCCCCUUACCAGUGACGUGUGGUCCGAAUUCAACUGCUCCAACCAGUCCAACCGGUACCAAGUGAUUGAGAACCUUUGAAAGUGAUGCCUUUCAAGGCCGGGGGAGUGUUCGUGUGUACCAGACGUUAAAAACUUAUUGUGCUUAUGGCCUUACAAAAACUG